UCCUUGAGACUGAAGCUUGAAGCUGCACUGCACAAUCCACCCUCUCUUAAUCGAAGAAGGGGCACAACUGGCACGUACUCUCUCUCUCUCUCUCUAUUCGUUGGUUGCAACUCCACCAUUCGCCUGCGCUAGGGAAAUCUAAGGUGCAAUGGAUUGGGCUUUUGUGCAUAGAACAUGGGAUAAGUGGGCUUCUACCAACAUUGGUUAUUCUGGUUAUCCUUUAAAGGCUGCUUUGCUGAUUAAUUAUGACCCAACUGGACCAUCUCGCUUGUUAUCUACCAUUGCUGAACAAGAAGGAAUAAAAGCCAAUCCCAUUGAGUUGAAUCACUUUGUGGACUUCAUCAAACACAAUAAACUCCAGACAGAGAGCUUCAUUAUUGGGUCCAAUCAGUACUUGGUCACGUCAAUUCACGAGAAUUGGUUUAGUGCAAGGUGCAUAAACACAUCAAAGCCUGCUGGUGAAGGUGCAAUUGUUAUGCAAACAGCAGCAUAUAUCUUGGUUGCUCUGUAUGAAGGUUCCAUUGGUCCAGCAUCUCGUGCUAUGGCAGCUGCUGAUCAGUUAACUUGGCAAUUAGGGCGAAAAAAUCUUUAGAAUGGUCCUCCUUCAGAUCCGUAGCAUGCACUUAUAUAAGGGCCAAUUUGUUUUAUAGUUUUUGCUUUUCCAGUUUUAAUUCAGAUUGUUGCGGUUAAGUAUCUUGGUGAUGGAGCUAUCACAACUAUAUUGGUUGCAGUAUAUGGUGAGGAUCCAACCGGUCCAAAGGGAAAGGCUUAUUGAUAGGAGAUUAAAUGUGCUAGUCCUGUUUCACUUGACCAUCCCUUCCUGUGUUACCUGUUGCUUUUUUUUUUUUUUUGAUAACAACCUGUUGCUUUUU